UUCAAGACUUUGGCGCGAUAUCCGGACGAAUUUGAAAAGCUGCGGGUUCAAAUUGCUUACAGACGAUAGACGAAGAACACCGCACUUCUGUUUGUGUGGGUGUUUAUAGUGGCUAACGCAACUGCGGGUACUUCAGGGAUGUCGUGGGACUUUAUCGUGCCUGUGUGUGUGGGGGACCUGGUAAAGACCGGGGGGAUAAACCAGUACGUCGUUCAAGAUGUUGUGUCACCAAAACAGUUGCCAGCCUCUCUCAGCAAAUUUAAGGCAGCAUUGCGAAGCCAGGGUCCACUGUGUAUACUGGAGCAUUUUGACACAGGCUACAGCGUCCUACAGCACUGCAACUCAGUUGACUCAGCUGUGAAAGAAGAUGCCCUGGAAUUACUGAUACAAGUGGUUAGCGGCCUGGCUGCUACCCUUCCAGCACUUUUUGUCUCCUCUGUCUCGGCUGCAGAACGCAAAGAAAACCUAAAUGCUGUUAAAAUGAGUGUCUACCUGCUCUGCAAGCUGACAGAGACCCUUGAGAGUGAAUCCUACAGACAGAGUAUUAUCAAAGCACCUGGGAAGGGUGGUAAAAAAGGCAAAGGGGGAGGAGAUGGAAUGCAGCAAUGGGAUUCUGAUAGAGAGAUGGUGCUGCAGGCCCUUGUUCAGCUCCUCCAGCUGGAUAUUCGUUCUCUCUGGAACCUAUCUCUGGUGGAGGAAGAAUUCGUCAGUUGUGUCACUUGCUGCUGCUACAAACUUCUUGAGAACCCAACCAUCAGCCAUGUCAAGAGCAAACCCACCAGAGACGGUAUAAUCCACCUUCUGGGAGUGCUGAUCAAGAAAUACAAUCAUCUCCUGGGUGCCAGUGUAAAGGUCAUCCAGUUGCUGCAACACUUUGAACAGUUGCCAUCUGUGUUCGCUCAGGCUGUGUCUGUGUGGUGCACAGAAUAUGGAGUCAGGGCUGUCAUAGGAGAAGUAAUAAGGGAGAUCGGCCUGAAAUCAAGUGAGGAGCUUGCUAGAGAGGGAUCAGGGGUUAAAGCUUUUGCAUCUUUCCUUUCGGAGCUCGGCACUCUGGUGCCAGAGUUGAUGAUCCCCAACAUAAGUGUGCUCAUCACACACCUGGAAGGAGAGAGCCACACAAUGCGUGUUGCUGUGUGUGAGGUGCUGGGGGAGAUCCUCGUGCGGGUGCUAUGCGGUGACGGGCUUGAUGAAUCUGGUAAAGCUGAUCGUGACCGCUUUUUUGACACACUACAGGAGCAUCUGCAUGAUACACAUUCCCAUGUCAGGGCACGUGUGUUACAGGUCUACACACGCAUCGUCAACAGCAAAGCACUGCCUCUGUGUAGAUACAGCGAGGUGAUGGAGCUCGCUGUGGGACGAUUGAUGGACAAAUCCAUAAACGCAGUCAAGAGCGCCAUCCAGCUGUUGGCAGCAUUUAUUGCACACAACCCCUAUAGCUGCAAGCUGAGCAGUGCAGAUCUGAAGAAGCCGCUGGAGAAAGAGACUGCUAAACUCAGAGAGAUGAAGGAGAAGCAAGAAGGAAAAGCACCAGUGGCAGUCAUUAAAGCAUCGGAGCUGUGGGCUGCCAUGGAGCCUGAACUGCUUGUCACUGUUGGGAGAGAGCUGGAGCCCACAAGCGAGACAGAGAAGGAGCAGCAGGAGGAGGAGGAGAACGAGGACAACAAAGAUGCAGAGGAAGACAAGGAGGCAGAGGACGAAAGAGCAACUGCAGUGAAGAUAGCUCAGUUCCUUCGUGUCAACAAGUACAGGAAUGCUAUUCGUCUUUGUAUAAGAGCCCACAGCUGCUUCCCUGAGUCUGAGAUGUUUGCCUUGCUGUCCACUCUAAACCCAGAGACUUUAAUGCAUACGCUGGCCUUGAUUUUUAAAGGCUCUGAUGAUGACACUGCCGAGCUCAGCCAGAACCUGCCACCAACACCACAGAAAGAGGGAGAGGAGGGGGAGGAUAAGGAGCUGAAGAAGCAGGAGAUGUUGGUGCAGUACCUGAAAGACACGGAAACAUUUGCUUUACAAGUGGAGAGGGCAAUCUCAGUGAUCAACUCUAUGCUCUACUGGAAAACCACUUCAGUUGUCCAGGAAGCUGUGCAGUUCUGUGUCACUGUGUGCGAGUUCAGCGUUGCCAACUCUGUCAGUGGAGUGAGGAAAAUGUUGCCGCUGGUCUGGUCAACUGAUGCUGCAAUUAAAGAUGCUGUGGUUCAGGCGUACAGACGCCUGUAUCUGAACCCUCAGGGAGACACUAUAAGGAUGAAAGCCCAGACUCUUGUGGACAGCCUGUCUGAGCUGAUGGUGGAUGCAUCCCUGGGUACCAUCCAAUGUCUUGAAGAAAUUGUUCAGGAGUUCUUUGGCAGUUCAAGUAAUCUCCAGUCCACUGUGGUUCAGGUCUUGUGGGAGAGAUUUACUGGCAAACGAGAAACUUCCCCCCUACACAAGCGAGCAGCAGUGUUGCUUCUAGGCAUGGCUGCACGGGCAGAGAGGGAGGUGGUCCUCAGUAACUUGGACACUCUUUGUUCUGUGGCUCUGGGUGAAAAAGUGACUGAAGAUUUUCUUCUGGCCAGAGACACAGCUAUCACCAUCUGCAGCAUCACAGACCAUGUCAGGCAAUCAAAAGGCACUCCCUUCAGACUGCCACAGGACCAUCAGCUCUUCACCUGCCUCACGCAGGCGCUUGCUGAAGGUGUAGUGAUGGAAGAUCCUUACUGGCAGAGCUUCAUGGAGCAAGCUGUUCGUCUCAUCUAUUUCCUGGCUGAAUCCCCUGACCAGCUGUGCUCCCGGCUGCUCCAGCGCUGCGCUCGCCUCCUAAUAGAUCAGAUUUCAGAAGGUGGAGAAGUCAACAAGGAUACAAGUCAAAUGCAAGAUGGAUCUCAAGAGUCCAGUGAACAAGGUGAACAAGUGAACUCUCAGUGUCUGGCCCAGUUGUUGGCUCUGUGUGGCUGCGUGGCUUUCUGGCAGGUGUCACACCUCGAGCGCAGUGUGAGCACAGAGCUGCGGAGGAGGAGAGGAGAGACUGAAGAGAGAGAGGAGAAGGAAAAGGGCCCAUCCAGCAAAGCAAAGCAGCAAGCAGCCAAUGAGAGUGCUAUGGAGGAGGAGUUGGGGUUGAUUGGUGCUUCUGCUGAAGAUACAGAGGCUGAACUCAUUAGAAAGAUCUGUGAGACCGAAUUACUAGCUGAGGAGAACCUGCUGAGUGCAUUCCUUCCCCUGCUGGUGAGAGUCUGCAGCUCCCCAGGACGCUACUCCCACCCACAGCUCACCACCGCUGCCUGUCUGGCGCUCUCUCAGUACAUGAUGAUAAGCCCAUCAGUGUGUGAAGAUAACAUACGUCUCCUCUUCACCGUGCUGGAGCGCUCUCCUCUUCCUGUGGUCAGAGCAAAUGCCAUCAUAGCCUUGGGAGACCUUACUGUCCGCUUUCCAAACAUUUUGGAGCCUUGGACUCAGAACCUCUAUGCCAGGCUGAGUGACGAGGUAGCCUCAGUGCGGCAGACAGCUGUCACAGUUCUGACUCAACUGGUGCUUAAAGAUGUCCUCAAGGUCAAAGGACAAGUCAGUGAGGUAGCCGUGCUGCUAAUUGACCCCGAGCCUCACAUUACCAGUCUGGCACUGAACUUCUUCAACGAGCUGGCCACCAAGGACAACGCAAUCUACAACCUUCUCCCAGAUAUCAUCAGCCGCCUGUCAGACCCAGAGAGAGGCAUGAGCUCUGAGGACUUCAACACCAUCAUGAAACAGCUCUUUUCCUAUAUCACCAAAGAGAGACAGACUGAGUCUCUCGUGGAGAAACUCUGUCAGCGCUUUAGGACUGCAAAGACAGAGCGUCAGUGGUGUGACUUGGCCAUGUCACUUUCACUGCUCUCCAUGUGUGAGCGCGGCUUCAAGAGGCUUCAGGAGUGCUGGGAGUGUUACAGUGACAAGUUAACAGAGCCUGGAGUCUACCAGCCUCUUCUCUCCAUCACUGCCAAGCUCAAACGUGGUGCCAAACCCCAGUUUAAGGCCCAGGUAGAUGAGUUUGAAAAGCGUCUGACAGCCGUUCACACACGUGGCCUGGAGAAUGUUGAGAGUCCAGAGAUGGAUGAGGAGAAUCCAAAAGAGGGAGGAUCCACUGAGAAGACAGUCCUGCGUACACCUCUGCCUACCAGAGGCAGACAGAAGUCAAAGAGAGGUCAAACAAAGCCUGCAGCUUCUGGUCGCGGUGACGAAAGUUUUGUGACACCUCGAAAGUCGCGCAAGUCCAAGAAACCUGUGAUCACCUUCAGCAGUGAUGAAGAGGAGGAGGAGGAGGAUGAUGAGGAUGCUGUCCUGGAGGAGAACGAGACCCCUAAAGUGACGACACCCAUCGCUCGCACAUCUCGACGAGCUCGCCUCAGAAACUGAUUUCUUCUCUUGUUUUAUUUUAUUUCUCUCUCCCUAUCAUCAUAUUUGUACUUUCUAAUCUUUUUGUAUAUUCUUUAAGAUAUUGUCAAAGUAGUCUGAUGUAUUAAUGACGUAGACUAAAGAUGGUUUUAAUAAACUUGUUUCUCGUUUUGAUAA